AUGCGCGAGUUCAUGGACUAUGUCCACAGCGCAUUCUACGAGGCGACAGGCUGGCGCCGCGACAACUCGUACGCCGCGCUCAAUGCCACGUCCGACGCUCUGCUAGACUUCCAGACCCCGCGGGGCCUCCGGCUGACGCUGUCCUCCCUCGCGAGCGCCAACUUUGCCACCUCGUACCAGCUCGGCUCGGUCGGCGUCGUCGACGGCUCCAUCUCGUACCUCUUCUCGUCGGUCCCCCUGCGCGUCCACAUGACGCCGCGGUCCGAAGACGUCUCGCUCCCCGACCUGCUGCGCUCGUACCGCCCGCUCUCCCCGCUGCUCCCCCGGACGCCGUCGCCGCCGGACGCCGCGACCGCCGGGCCCGAGGCCUCCCUCCUCUACGGCAGGCUCUACCUCCCGCAGUCGCAGCUCGAGGCCCUCGCCGUCAGGAGGCUCUCCCCCGCGCUGCAGCUCCAGCUCAGCGCCGUGUCAGCCAAGCACCUCCGCGACGGGGGCACCGUCCUCGGCCUCGCGCAGUACGACGUCGGCCGCUACGCCUUUGAGGGCCUGGCCUCGUCCGACGGCGGGCUCCUCGGCCUGCGCGGCCUCUACAACUUUGGCGGCGGCGACGCGCACCCGCCUCCUGCUGGUGCCGAGGGCGAAAAGGAGCGCGUGUACGGGCGCUUUAGUACCGGCGCAGAGGUGUACUACGGCACUUUGAACAAGUCGGGCGGCGUGAGCUUCGGGACGCGCUUCGCCACACUGCCUGCGCACAGUGGCACUCCGCUGUCGGCGAGUUUGACUGUCAACCCGCUCAUGGGUAACGUCGCUGCUAGCUAUGCCGUUGUUGCUGGUAGGCACUGCAGCCUGGCGACGCGUAUGGAGUUCAACGUGUUCAGCUACGAGAGCGCGUGGGCCGUGGGCAUGGAGCUCUGGAGGAGGCCGCUGCGGCGGGUGGCCGGAGGGGGUGGCCGGCCCGGGGGGGAGUAUAAGGAGAGGAGUUUUCGGGCCAAGAUGGAGUGGCGGCUGGACGAGCCUGAACUUGUGCCGCCGCCGCAACCAUCACCACCACUGUCGGAACCGGCGGAACCGGACCGGGUAUUGGCGGUUCACAGGGGGAAUGGGGGCGAGGAGUAUGCGGGUGUGUUGAAGGCGAGGCUGGACCAGAAUUGGAGGAUUGGCAUCUUGUGGGAGGGCAGGGUGAAGAGCCUGCUGUUUAGUUUGGGGAGUGGCAUUGACCUGAGGAAACUGGAUAAGCCGUUCAGGACGUUGGGGUUGGAGAUUCAGUUCUCUUCGUGA